GUAAUGUUUACAAUGUCCAAACAAUGUUCGAUGAGAGGCGCAUGUGAUCAAUAAAUUUAAGAUAAAAGAGUUUUAAUGAUAAUACUACUUGUUGACUGUAAAAUUUAACUCGUAAAUAACUAAAAAAUUUACACAGUUACAUAUUUUUCAUGAUGCUUAAACAUCGUGAACCAAUAUCAGCAUUUGCUGUGCAGGCUAUGAAACGUAAAAGUUUAGAAUUGUUACCAAAAUCAAAAAAACUGAAGAAAAAGCAUAAUUUAUCACGGAAGAAGGUAAUUGUAGAAAAAAAAAUCACAGGUGAAACACUGCAGAAAUUGAUAAAAAUACCUGUGAAUAAAAAUGAACAUGAAAUAGAUACAGUAUCUAUAAAUGAAGGUAAAGUUAUUAAUGAGAACAAUAUGACUAAGAUAAUUGGUCCUUCUUCCACUCGUAAGAAAAAUAAAUCGAAUAACAAUCCAAUUUAUAAAACAAAAGCAUUAAAAAGAGAUAUUGCAAAAAUUAAACAUAUUAAUAAAAAGCAUCCAAAACAACUUAAAAAUAGGAAAACAACAGAAAGAAUUAAUCAAUUCCCUACUCAUAAUGAAGUAAAAACAAUAGAAGAACAUCAAGACAAUCCUACUAAUGUAAGUCGUUCGAUGUAUGAAUGGCUAAUACAUCCAAUGAAAGUAGAAGAUUUUUUUGCGAAAAAUUGGGAGCAAACACCUGUUCAUAUAAAGAGAAAUUGCAGCAAUUAUUAUAAGUUACUCAUGUCAACUCCAUUGUUGGAUAAAAUAUUAAGGGAGUCCCAUAUUCUGUUCAAUAAGAAUCUUGAUAUUACUUCAUAUGAAAAUGGAGUAAGAGAAACACAUAAUCCUAUUGGUCGUGCAAUUCCAAGUGUUGUUUGGGAUUAUUAUAUGAAUGGCUGUUCUGUUAGAAUGUUAAAUCCACAAACAUACAUACCAAAAUUGCAUUCCUUAAAUGCUACCCUUCAGGAAUUUUUUGGUUGUUUUGUGGGUGCAAAUUCUUACUUGACACCUCCCAAUAGUCAAGGUUUCGCACCUCAUUAUGAUGAUAUCGAAGCUUUUAUAUUACAAGUAGAGGGUAAAAAAAGGUGGAGAUUGUACAAACCACGAAAUGAAAAUGAAUACUUGGCAAGAUAUUCCUCACAAAAUUUUACACAGUCCGAAAUUGGCGAACCUAUAUUAGAUACGGUUGUAAAUGCAGGAGAUUUGUUAUACUUUCCACGUGGAACUAUACAUCAAGGUGAGACUAUGGAUUCCCAUAGUCUCCAUAUCACUUUAAGUGUUUACCAAAAAAACAGUUGGGGUGACUUUUUGGAGAAGUUACUUCCAGAUGCAUUAAAUACUGCUAUGGAAACUGAUAGUGAAUUUCGUAAAGGAUUACCUCUUGAUUACUUAAGAUACAGCGGUUUUGUCCAUUCUGAAAAUCAGAGUAAUAACAAGGGAGAGCUUAAAGAAAAAGUUAAACAUUUACUUAAAAAAUUAAUAGAUUAUAUUGAUAUCGACAAAGCUGCAGAUUUAAUGGCAAAAAAGAAUGUUCAUGAUUUCUUACCUCCUGUUCUAUUAGAAAAUGAACAAGAAUGUUCUAUUGUUCAGGAUGGUGAACAGAUGACUGCAAAUGGAAUUGUUAUAAAUCGGGUAGAGAUAGAACCUGACACUAGAAUACGAUUGUUGCGUUCUCAUUGUAUACGAUUAAUUGAAGAGAAUGACACAUUUAGAAUAUAUUAUUCAAGUGAAAAUUCUAAAGAAUAUCAUGAAUAUGAACCGCAAUAUUUGGAAGUUAGCGAACAUUUUGUACCUGCAGUUAAAGAACUAAUUUUGCGAUACCCUGCAUUUAUAUCUGUUGAAGAGUUACCAAUUGUUGGUGAAGAUAAUAAAAUACAAAUAGUUAAAGACCUGUGGGAGAAAUGUCUUGUUGUGACAGACAAUCCAUUACCUAUAUUGGAUUAAUUGUAUACUUUUUAAUAGUCUGUAUAAAAAUAAGGAAAAAAUAAAUAUUAUAAUCUACGAUAUCUAAUAUUUAUUGUUUUUGCAUAUCAUCGCCAUAAAAGGAUUGGCACAUUAAAAACUUUUAUACAUAUAUUUGUAUUUUUUGCAUGAUGAGAGAAUAUACUUUUUCAAAAUGUCA